AUGACUGCCCAAACUCAAGAAGAGCAGCUCGCUGCCCAACUCGAACAGCAAAAAAUUCAUGAUGAUGAGCCCGUAGUUGAAGACGAAGAUGAUGAAGAUGAUGAUGAUGAUGAAGAUGAUGACAAGGAUGAUGAUGAUGUGGAAGGACAAGGAGAUGCAAGUGGUAGGUCUAAGCAGAGCAGAAGUGAAAAGAAGAGUCGCAAGGCAAUGUUGAAACUUGGAAUGAAGCCAAUACCAGGUGUCAGCCGUGUGACUGUCAAGAAGAGCAAGAAUAUUCUGUUUGUUAUCUCAAAGCCAGAUGUUUUUAAGAGCCCCGCAUCUGAUACGUAUGUCAUUUUUGGGGAAGCAAAGAUUGAAGAUUUAAGCUCACAACUUCAAACUCAGGCUGCGGAGCAGUUCAAGGCUCCUAAUCUAAAUACUGUGACAGCAAACCCUGAACCAUCAACAUUGGCUCAAGAUGAUGAAGAUAUAGAUGAAACUGGUGUGGAACCCAAGGACAUAGAGUUGGUGAUGACACAAGCCGGGGUUUCAAGACCAAGAGCUGUUAAAGCACUCAAAGCAGCAGAUGGAGACAUUGUUUCUGCCAUUAUGGAAUUAACAAACUGA